AUGAAUCGUCCGUGCAGUAUACGAUUAUGAAGUUGAAAUUAGGCACACACAUCCAUCCCAAGUUCUUCGUGUUCUAGGUAGAGAGAGAGAUGCUAGUGAGAUAGCAUACCUAGUUCUUUCAAAUAGUUUUCUUUUUUUCUGUGUUGAUCGUCCUGUUCAUCCAAGGGCAGAAGAGAUGGCUGGAGCGAUUCCAAUGCCGGGAGUAAAUCUCAGUGGCAGCUCCAGAUCUCGUUUUGGUGCCAAGCUCUUCACCCGCGGGAUCGUCAAGGCGGCUAUGGUGACCGACACAAAGCCCAACAUCACCGACGAAUUCGACAGUCCACACGACAAGAAGAAGCUCAAGAUCAAUGGCAAUGGCAGCUUCCGCGAGAGAAUUCCCGGCAAGAGCAGGAUCCCGCCUCCAAAUUCCUCCUGGGACGAACGAAAAGAGGAAGAAAAAGAGGAGGAAGAAGAAAAAGUUCCCACAAGCAUCCACGACUACAUGGAGCAGUCACUGGAGCUGAUUAAAUGCGCCGAUGGCGGCCCUCCUCGCUGGUUCUGUCCUCUCAAUUCGCCAUCGCCAUCUUCUUCUUCUUCGUCGUCCUCCAAGAUUUUGGCAGAUUCUUCUCCACUGCUGCUCUUCGUUCCAGGCAUGGAUGGCACUGGCCUUGGUCUCAUCCUCCAUCACGAAACACUAGCACCGCUGUUUGAGGUGAGAUGCCUCCACAUUCCAGUCAUGGACCGCACUCCCUUCGAAGGACUGCUGGAGCUAGUGGAAGGCGCAGUCAAGGCGGAGCACGGACUCCAUCCAGGCAGGCCCAUUUUUCUCGUGGGUGAUUCGUUUGGAGCUACAUUGGCGUUGGCGGUGGCUGCACGGAAUCCUUCGCUCGAUCUCGUCCUCAUCCUUGUCAACCCUGCCACCUCCAUUCAAAGAUCUCCGCUUCAACCUCUAUUUCCAGUCUUGGAUUUAGUUCCCGAGGAUGCGUUCCACUAUGUUCCAUACCUCCUCAGCUUCACAAUGGGUGAUCCUGUUCGCAUGGCUUCUGCCAAAAUCCCAAAAGACUUACAGCAGCCAUUUGAAAGAUCACAGAAAGUUGCCGACUCUUUGGUCGAUAUGCUUCCAACACUACCGGGCUUGGGCCGAAUAAUUCCCAAGAGCUCGCUCGGCUGGAAGCUAAAACUCAUCCGGGCGGGGGCCUUGUACGCAAACUCGAGGCUGCAUGCCGUCAAGGCGGAAGUUUUGGUUCUCGCAAGCAUGAAAGACCAGAUGCUGCCAAGCGCUGAGGAAGCGAAGCGAUUGAAAGCUGCUCUAAAGAAUUGUAAAGUCCGAAUUUUCAAAGACAGCGGCCACACGCUACUUCUGGAAGAUGGUCCCAGCUUGGCUACCACCAUAAAAUCCGCGCUGAUGUAUAGAAGAUCAAAAGAGCGAGACGUUGUCAAAGACUACGUUUUGCCUACCAAAGAGGAGUUUCAUCGACAAUAUGAAAGCACAAGGACUCUUCGCCACCUUGUGAGCCCCGUGUUCUUGUCAACUGAUAAAAACGGCCAAGUAAUCAAAGACCUGUCCGCUAUACCCGACGAGGAGCCACUUCUUUUCGUAGGCAACCAUAUGCUCAUGGGGCUGGAGCUCUCACUCAUCGUCGGGGAGAUUUACAAACAAAAGAAGCUGCUCGCCCGAGGCCUGGCACAUCCUUUGCUCUUCUCCCACAGGUUCCACUCCGAGUACUCGGACCAAGGCUUCAUCGAUCAGAUCGGUCUCUUUGGUGCCACACCCGUCACUGGAAAGAAUUUUUACAAGCUUCUAUCCAGUAAACACUCGGUUCUUCUCUAUCCGGGUGGUGCUCGCGAGGCUUUGCAUAGAAGGGGAGAGGAAUACAAGCUCUUUUGGCCAGAACAGUCCGAGUUUGUCAGAAUGGCUGCUCGUUUCGGUGCCACCAUAAUUCCUUUCAGCUGCGUUGGCGAAGACGACAUGGUUGAGCUCGUGAUGGACUACGAUGACAUAAGGAGCAAUUUCUUCUUGAAAGAUCGGCUAGUACUCACAACGGACUCCAACCUAAGGUCUAAAUCAGCUGGCGAAGUAGCAAACCAGCCUCUCUACCUUCCAGUUUUCGCUCCCAAAGUUCCUGGCCGAUUCUACUGCUUGUUUGGAGCUCCAAUCUCCACUGCUGGGAUCCAAGAGCGAAAACACGCAGAUUCUCUCUACCUCAAAGUAAAAACCCAGGUGGAGUUGGGGAUCUCCUACUUGCUCCAAAAGCGAGGCCAGGAUCCAUACAGAAGCGCUCUCCCGCGCCUCGUAUACGAGGCGUCGUGGGGAGGAACGAAGCAAGGUCCGACGUUCGAUCCCUGACCAUGACACAACAUAAUUUUUACAAGAGGUAAAAGUGUAAAGGGAAAAUUCUUUUCUUUGUAGAGAAUCUUAUCCAGAUAGCCACGUGUCUGGCCACGGUCGGCGAGAAUCUAGGGCCCCUCUUCCGCUUCCGACGCGUGUACGUCCACGUGUCAGAUAGGCAUUAAAGUUAGGGCUGUUUUGGUUC